UCAAAGUCCCAUUCAAGAGCCACAGUACGCACAGGAACCAAUCAAUCAGGUUAAGCAAAAAGCCCACCACCCCUGCUUCUGAGAAAGAGAGUAGCAGAAGCCCCAUCAAACAAGGUAGUAGAGAUGUGCUGUAUCAAACACUUUAGGAAGGAGUAAAUUUCCAUUUUAGAAAAUUAUUCCUUUCACAUCGCCCAAAAAAAAAACAAAGAGGAGAGAAAACCUGGUCCUAAUUCCGCGUACUGGAACCGCAAAAUCCCACCUUUUUCUGACUUUUUUGGCUUUCCAUACACAUUCUCUGGUUCUUUGAGAUUUGGGUUCUCUUUGUGGAGGAAAAAGCGGGAAAGGAGAGCUUUUGGAUGGUAAAAUAAUGGAGAAAUGGAGGCUAAAAAUGGUGUUUUUCCUCGUGUGGGUCUCUUUGGCUUGUGAAAAAUUCGAGCUUUGUGCUUGUCUCAGUGGUAAAGGAAGGGAUCUGUUGAGAUCUGAAGAAAGCGUAAAAGUUGAUUCUCUGUUGAGUUGGAAAGCAGGGUCUUUGAAUCCAUGCUCAUUGUUUGGAGUUGAUUGCUCAGUUGAUCUAAGAGUUUGGGCUCUAAAUGCCGGGAGAGCACCUACAAGGAGACUAUUGAGGGAUCUCGCCGAACAUAGUCACCACAGAAAAAGAAAAAGUAAUUCAGCGAAUGCACCAUCUCCGUCUCCGUCUCCAGCUCCAGCUCCCUCACGGGUCAUUAAUCCGGUCCCUUCACCUCCACCGACGAACGAUCGCUCUCUCUCCCCUCCAGAAAACCCUUCCGUCCUCCGCACUUCAGACUCUGACAAAGUUGCGACGAAUGAGAAGAAGUCGGUACAUGCUUGGAUCAUUUAUACAUCGGUAGGAGGAGCGCUUUGCUUUCUCGGUGCCUUAUCGGCCGUAUACUUGCUUUGCCUCCGAGGCAAAAAUGUUGAUACUGUCAUGCCCUGGAGCACGGGUUUGAGUGGGCAACUGCAGAAGGCUUUUGUCACAGGUGUACCUUCACUCAGGCGAUCAGAACUUGAAACAGCUUGCGAACAGUUCAGCAAUAUUGUCGGCACUUUGUCGGAUUGUACAUUGUACAAAGGAACGCUGUCGAGCGGAGUCGAAAUAGCGGUGACAUCUACUUUGUCCAGGUCCGCAUUGGAGUGGUCGGAUAAAUCUCAGGCCCAUUUUAGGAAAAAGAUCUCGGUAUUGUCCAAAGUAAACCAUAAGAACUUUAUGAACCUUCUCGGGUACUGCGAGGAAGAAGCGCCAUUCACCAGGAUGAUGGUGUUUGAGUACGCUCCGAACGGCACGCUUUUUGAGCAUUUGCACAUUAAAGAAGCGGAGCAGUUGGAAUGGGCUACACGGCUACGAAUAGCCAUGGGAGUAAUAUACUGUUUAGAACACAUGCACCAGCUCGACCUUCCUGUAAUUGUCAAAAAUCUCAACUCAUCAUCUAUCUAUUUAACCGAAGAUUAUGCGGCGAAAGUUUCAGAUAUCGGCUUCUGGAACGAGGAUAAAGAAGCAGAAGCCGAUUCCGAGUGCUUAGGCCAAGAGAGCAUUGUAUACAAGUAUGGUAUACUACUGCUUGAAGUAAUCUCAGGACGGCUCCCGUUCUCCGAGGAUGAUGGCCUGCUUGUGCUAUGGGCCUCGAGUUAUUUAAAUGGCACGAGGCCGCUCGACAAAAUGGUCGACCCGACUCUUAAAUCAGUUCCUGAGAAGGAUAUUUCUGCUCUCUCUGAUGUGGUCCGAUCCUGUAUAAAAGCGGACCCGAAGGAGAGGCCGAGUGUCGCGGAGGUUGCGGCCCAAAUGAGAGAGAUUACGUCAAUACUACCGGACGCAGCUACUCCGAAGGAUUCGCCAUUGUGGUGGGCUGAGCUUGAAAUUGUUUCGUCGCCAUCUUGUUAGUGUUGUUCUUUUGUUGUUUCUUCUAUUGUGUUGGUUUUUUUUUUGGUUCCUUUUGUUGUUAAUGCGUUAGCGCCAUAUUUUUGUAAUUACGAUUGUGGGAAUUCAAAAAGAAAAUGUACAGUUCGGAUUGAGCUUUCGCGACAGCUUGUUUUGUUCUGCCUUUUUUUUUCGCUGUGGAAGAUGAGAUGGUAUCAGGGUAAUUAGUUUUAAA